AUGAAAGGCGGCGACAGUCCUUUUCAACACUUUGAAAUACCCGAGCAGCGCGCAUUUGAAUAUGAAUGGGAGAUGCAUGAUCGGGGGUGGGCGCGAGCGAACGCACGGGCUGCGGUGCGCCUGCGGGCGGGGAGCUCUGAUGGGUGGAGGAAGUCCGUCCGCCUUCGGGAGUCAUCGCACGCCUCAGGGCUGAGCUCUCUUGCCAGAAAGCUUGCUGCAGCUCUGGAGGACCAGGUACUAGCUCCAGGCAAGGCGUAA